AAUCAAGCUGGGCAUGAAGCCGGUAGCUCUGAUAUGGGCUGCUCUGCGCGGCGGGUUGGUGGUGGCUCCCUGUGUCCGUGUAGCUGGCGCUGGCCGGGAACACUAAAACUGACAGAAACGUGUUGAGCCGUUUUCUGUGAGAAGCUGCUGCGAGGCCGCGCUAACGCGCUCUUCUAACAAAAUAAAUCAGCAGUACAGUAGGCUGUCUAAAAACACGGCACGGGUAAUCCUGUCAAAUGCGACCUGAGCAGGUCCUGCCAUUAACUCAGCCUUCGGAGGGUUGUGUCUCAAUCAGUUAAUAACAUAAGCACCUUCGCAGCCGGGAGCCAUGGCGGCGCGGCCCGGCGCAGCUCUCGCCCGGCCGAACACUCGGCCCGCUGCCCCUUGAGCGGCUCACGCCCGCCGAAGCCGCCCCGCACCGACACCCCGCCAGCCGGCCCGUCCCGCGUGGGCACCGCCGCGGCCCCACCCCCGGGGCGGGGGACACGGAGCGCGCAGCCCGCGCUGCGCCCGCCCUCCCGCCGCCCGGCCCGGCCCGGCCCUGCCCGCGGGGCGGGAGCAGCGAGCGCGGCGCCCGGGGCGGGCGGCGGGGCCGGGAUGCUGCCGGACGGUGACGAGCGGGAGCUGGAGAGCAGCGAGGAGGGCGGCGCGGCGGGCGAGGAGCGGCGGCCGGAGCGCCACGGCAGCACCUACCACAGCCUGUACGGCUACUGCAGACCCUGCGGGCGGGGAGCGGCUCCCGGCGAUGGCAGCGCGGCAGAGACACCGGCCGGCGACGACUUCAGCCUCUCCUUGCUGGACACUAACUUACCAGUUGAAGCGGAGACAGAAUUGCGCAGUUUUCUCGCUAAGCGUCUCACUAAAGGAGCCCUGUUUGAAGGAAUGGGGAAUGUAGUGUCAGUGGGGCUGAGCAUACCAGAAUAUAAAGUUGGUUGUUAUUACUGUCGUUUCCAACAAGAAAAUAUUCUAGAAAUGGCAACACUGGAAUCAGACGCCGGUGCUCCAGAAUAUGUGGUUUGUUUCUUAGGUGGCUCAGAGAAAGGUCUGGAACUAUUCAGACUUGAGUUGGACAAAUACAUUCAAAGUCUGAAGAUAAACCUUGAUUUGGAGCAAAAAACCUUGGAGACGUCUGUGAAGCCCCACUUGAGCAGCUGGUUUGAGAACGCCGUCUGCCCUAUUCAGAGGGUAGUGCAGCUCUUCCAGGAGAAACUCGCCUUUUUGUUACAUGCUGCUUUGAGUUACAUUCCCGUGGAAGUAAAAAACGCAGAUGAAAGAACAGAAAAAGACAUUAGCAGGUUUCUGGCAGCCGCCAGCCUCCAAGGGCUCGUUCAGGAGGGAACAAUGACGUCCUUGUGUAUCGCCAUGACCGAGGAACAGCACAAGUCAAUCAUUAUAGACUGCGCUGGACCUCAGCCUCAGUUGCAUAAUGCAGGAAGCAACAGAUUCUGCGAGGACUGGAUGCAUGCUUUUGUGAACGGUGCUGAGGGUGGAAAUCCGUUUCUCUUCCGGCAAAUUUUGGAAAACUUUAAAUUGAAGGCUAUACAGGACGUUAACAACCUGAAGAGGUUUAUCCGCCAGGCUGAAAUGAACCACUACGCCUUGUUCAAGUGUUACAUGUUUCUGAAGAACUGCGGCAGUGGAGACAUCCUUCUGAAGAUCGUUAAAGUAGAACAUGCAGAAAUGCCAGAAGCCAGAAACGUAGUGACCGUCCUUGAGGAAUUCAUGAGAGAAACAUCAGUGGCUUAAAAUUAUCUUAAUUAUUCUGUACUUGUUUGAGGGUAUUGUAUAAAUCAUUAAUUUCUUCUGUGCGGCUUGGUUACACUCUUGCAGGCAUUUUAAUUUAAAAAGUAUUACCUAAGUUAAAACUAAGUUGCAGUUUCAUCUGACUUUUCUCUUUUUUUGGAGAAAGUAGUAUGACCUUUUUUUAAUGUGUGAAUAUCAGAUCAUACAAAGUUCUGCAUAGUUGCCAGUGCUUCCCAGAUUCUCCAAAUGACUCGCUCCUUUUCUGAGGAAAUACUGACUUUUGGUUUUUACAGUCAUUGCACAAAAAAAACCAACCAAACAAAACCAACUCUGACCUGGUGAGCAUUUCAGUGUUUUAAAUAUUUUAAAUAUCUUUAAGAUUAUCACGUCUAAUCAUUAAGAUAUGGUUACUUUUGUUUUAAUGUAUAGAAAAGCACAAACAUGGAUAAAUCAUAGCAAAUGAAUUAAUAAUCUUUGUUUAAGAGAACAUAGGUAACAAGUCUGUAGCUAGUUUUCACAGUUUGUUCUUCUGGUACUAGAUAAAACCUUGUUAAUUGGUAUGAAACAACUACCUUAAGACUGACCAGAGUUUUAGGAAUGAGUUUGUAUUUGCAUUGUGAUCAAGACCACCUUUGUAUGUUCUUAAACCCAUUUUGCAUAACUGUAAAUAAUCGUAUGUUGUUCAAUCAUAGUGAAUUAAACCUGAAAUUUUAUAGAUUAAGUAUUACCUUUAAAUUAAUAGAAACUUCUUCAGAAAUUGAAGUGAAUUAAGUUUACAAGUUAAUUAUCCAGACUUUAAAACAUGAAUUCUUACCCACAUCAUAGGACAUUUAGGCAGCAGAAUACUUGAAGAAAAUCUUUGGCUACAGCUGGAAUCGAAACUCCCGAGACCUCUGAGUGACCACGUAAACGAGGACUGUUCUGCAAACUCCAUACAAGCUGAACUCCCUGUUGUUUUUAUUUUGGAGCAGCAGCAGAGGGUGUUUGAGCACCUGACAGGGCACGGAACAGCUUUUCCUGAAACAGCGACAAUCUUACUAACACUGUUCAGUUUGUUUGUUCUGCUGUACCCCGUGAUGACAAAGGCUGGAUGCUUUCCUGUGACACUACUGUGUUGAGCCUAUAAUAAGGUUUACAAUAAAACACAUUAAUAGUGUGUUACAUUCAAUUACAAAUUAACGUUGUCCUUGAUGUCUCCUCUUGAAAACCCUUUAUUCGCUGCUGCUAGUGUAACAUGCAGGAGGCCACAAGCAUCUUAUGGGCAGCAGAGGUGACACGUAACAUGGACAGGUCAGAAAAGAAAAUAAAAGUAGUUUGAAAGAAAACAAACCCUUUAUUCUCUCAUUUGCAGGAGCUCUGCGAAGUAACAAUGUUUUCCUUCAGACUUUUAUUCUUGAGUAAAGCAGCGCCACUCAAAAAUAUGUGAUGCAGACCUGCUCAAUUUUAUUUAAAAAGAAAAAAAAUUAAUGGAUUCCGCACUCAAAUAAUAUUGUUACAACAAAAAUAAACAGAAUGUACACAAUACAAAAAUAUUUGGAAAUACACCAUAGCAUCUUACCUUGCAAAUAUAUUUUUGUUUUACUAGCCCUUAACGGGAAAGUAUCAUUUGUUCAGUAUUUUAAGGCAGAAAAUUACAUUGUUUAGUGCUUUGUAUUUAACACUUGGAUGUGUUGUUAGCAUUAGCAGUGUAAGCAAAAGAAAAGCUGCAUAAAUCUAGCUUAUUUGCAAACUAGACAGACACCGUGGGGGAGUCAGGAGACGGUGACUAACAUAUCUAUUAAGCUCACUGGAAAUUAAGGUACUUUUGCUACUUAAAUCAGGCCUGGGGAAUAUUUUGUGCUCUGUGCUGUAAAGUACCCUGAAACACAAGUUUUCUGUACUACUACUGGCAUUUCAGGAAUACCUCAUUAGGAAGCUUUUUCCAAUUAAGAGCCAAUGAUUAAUGGCAACAUUAAAAACACAUUUACCUUUAAAAA